CUCUCUUUCUGUGAGCAAUGUUUAUAUAGACCACAGAGCUCCUCUAUCAGACUCAGUUCCCUUUCAGCUGCAGUUCACCAAACAAGCAGGAGUCCAGCCAACCGAUUGCUCAGCAUCUAACAAGGAAGACCACCAGAGAAAAAAAGAGACAAUUAUACACAAACACUGAGCCUUGUUCAUACUCAAACAUGGCCAGCAUGUGCAAGUGGACAUUCCUCCAGGCCAUGUGUCUGGUGGUUUCAUUGUCCAUGGCAGUAACUGAGAAUUAUGAGGAUGAUAUUGAUGUGAACUUUGUACCCAAUUAUUUGAACGAGAUAACUGAGGAGGACCAGAUGGAAGGGGAGACCCCCACACCUUCCCCUGAACCCUGCAAAGGCUCAGUCUUCACUAAGUGGGAUAAGCUCUUUACAAUGCUGGAAAAUUCCCAAAUGAAAGAGAACAUGCUCCUGCAGUAUGCCGAUGAUAUCAUCAAGGUGGAGCUGCAGAGUCUGAGAGAAGAGAUGUUACAGUUUGUGGCACAGUACGGUGGCUCUUGUGCAUCUGCGGUUGAGAGCUCGGUUCGACGGGCUGGGAUUCAAACAGAGACGCGUCUGCAGAACGCGUUAGACCGUGUCCGAGAAGUCUCAGCUGAUCAGUCCGCACAACAUGAUGCAACCCUUCAGCAGCUACUGGCUGCUAGCGUAAACCAGACUACACGACUGGAGCGACUAGAGAACGAAUGCUUGAAAUUGGGGGAAAGAGGUCAGGCCUCCCAAGCCAAGAGCGUCCAGACCCGACAUCUCAUGCAAGAAGUGACAGAGACAGAGAAUGGAGGUAGGCUGGAGAAGACUUUAGCAGGCAUCUCCAGUGAGCUGCAAACCAUCCGGGAACAGCUGACCCUUUACACCAAAUCAGUCUUUGCAAACAGCUUUCCAUCAGGCUGUGACACUGGGCUGCUCUUCCCCGCACGUUCAUCUACAGCACAUGCUGAAGUCUCACCCAAGACACCCUUUCAGACCAAUGCCGUUACAAUUUGCCUGUGGGUAAAACCAACUCAGGUACUCAACAAGACCAUCCUCUUCUCGUACAGUACAACUGGCAAUGCCUACGAACUCCAAUUGGUGUUGAAUGGACGGAGUGUCUUUUUUACCGUCGAUGGUGAAACCCAUUUGGUGCAAGCUUUAGGGGCAGCUCAAGAGGGUCAUUGGGUGCACAUUUGUGCAGUCUGGAGUUCACAGCAGGGCUUGGCUUCACUGUGGGUGAAUGGUCAACAAGCUGCAAGCUCUCCCGGAGUGGCCGAAGGUCAUGAGUUACGCAGCAAAGGAAGCAUACUAUUGGGGCAAGAGUAUGGACGUUUCUUCAGGCAUCUUAGUAUCCCAGACACAUUUGAUGCGGAACUUGCCUUCACAGGAAAGAUGACUGGAGUGAACAUGUGGGACCGUGUUUUGGAUUCAAAAGAGAUAUCUCAGCAAGCGCGGCUGGAUGGGAGUGGUUGUGGUAUCCGUGGUAAUGUGGUGGCAUGGGGCGUUUCUGACAUUGAGCCAAAAGGGGGUGUCAAGUUAAUAUACUAAAUUUCUCUAUCUUCUUAACCACCUGAGCCCUGUAUACAAAUCAGCUGAGCUCCUACAAGCACAUAUUAAGAACCUGCUUAGCUACACCUGCACAAAACAAUAAUUAUCCUCUCAGUAAAUGUGCAAAAAAUGCUCUCUCAUAGGGAAAAUGUGAUUUAGCAAGUUACAAUAGUUAAACUGCUG